AAUACCACAAUAAAAAUCAUGUAUUGUCUUUCUGAAGUUUAGUUUUUUAGGAACCCUUGUCAGUCAAACUAUUGUUGCGAACUGGGAUUUUCGUAUUCAAAACUGAUAUGUUUUGGCAAUAUGUCUUUACACUGAUUUUGAUUUCUUGGAAUUGGGGCUAUACAGAAGCACAAGUGACAAAUAAUUCCACAAUGGCUGAAUCCGCAACUGGAAAAGGAAUCAAGAAUUCUAAUACCGAGACGAUGGGAAAGGGACCUGAGGAUGACAGCGACGCACAGGAUACACCGGGGAAAGAACUAGAAGAACCAAUAACGCUACCUGACAACAAACCUAGAGCAUUGGGUUUAUCUUUUGGUAUAGGUUUAGGUAGUCAACCAGCUGAAUCUCCACCUAUGAAUCCAGUUAUAGCUGUGGAUUAUGAUAGAAGUAUGAGUAUGAGUUUGAAUCCACCAGCUAUGAAUCCAUUUAUGGCUGUGGAUUAUGAUAGCAGUAUGAGUACGGGUCAACAUAUGAAUCAGAUUGUGGGUCAACCUGUGAAUCCAGUUAUGGGUGUCGGUUAUGAUAGCAGUAUGAGUACGGGUCAACAUAUGAAUCGAAUUGUGGGCCAACCUGUGAAUCCAGUUAUGGCUGUGGAUUAUGAUAGCAGUAUGAAUACGGGUCAACAUAUGAAUCAGAUUGUGGGUCAACCUGUGAAUCCAGUUAUGGGUGUCGGUUAUGAUAGCAGUAUGAGUACGGGUCAACAAAUGAAUCGAGUUGUGAGUCAACCUGUGAAUCCAGUUAUGAGUGUCGGUUAUGAUAGCAGUAUGAGUACGGGUCAACAAGUGAAUCGAGUUGUGGGCCAACCUGUGAAUCCAGUUAUGGGUGUCGGUUAUGAUAGCAGUAUGAGUACGGGUCAACAAAUGAAUCGAAUUGUGGACCAACCUGUGAAUCCAGUUAUGGGUUUCGGUUAUGAUAGCAGUAUGAGUACGGGUCAACAAAUGAAUCGAGUUGUGAAUCAACCUGCGAAUCCAGUUAUGGGUGUCGGUUAUGAUAGCAGUAUGAGUACGGGUCAACAAAUGAAUCGAGUUGUGAAUCAACCUGCGAAUCCAGUUAUGGGUGUCGGUUAUGAUAGCAGUAUGAGUACGGGUCAACAAAUGAAUCGAGUUGUGACUCAACCUGUGAAUCCAGUUAUGGGUGUCGGUUAUGAUACCAGUAUGAGUACGGGUCAACAAAUGAAUCGAGUUGUGAGUCAACCUGUGAAUCCAGUUAUGAGUGUCGGUUAUGAUAGCAGUAUGAGUACGGGUCAACAAAUGAAUCGAGUUGUGAGUCAACCUGUGAAUCCAGUUAUGGGUGUCGGUUAUGAUACCAGUAUGAGUACGGGUCAACAAAUGAAUCGAGUUGUGAGUCAACCUGUGAAUCCAGUUAUGAGUGUGGUUUCGGAUAAAGGUAUGGAUAGUAUUAGUGGUAGUUCAGAAGCGUCAUACGUAAAACAAUAUAACAGAGAAUCCGCUUAUAGUAAAAGUCGCUAUGUGCAAACUGGGUGAUUCUCAAAAAAAGCUCAGUAGUUACACGACGAUUGUUCU